AGGUCAGGAGAGCAUCUGCAGCACUGGAUUUAUUGACCGCGUCCUUCUGGGAUUUAUCUGCCUCAAGAUUCCCUCUCUUGAUCGGAUGAAAUAAAAAGAAGAAUGCAUGGACUAAACCAGCGCUGUGUUUACAUAUCUUUUCAUUUUUUCGUGCUGUGGUGCCAUGCACAGGGGGAGAAUCACCCGUCUCCUAAUUUUAAGCAGUAUGUGAGGACGCAGGGCGCGGUGACGGACCAGCUGAGCCGCAGACAGGUCAGGGUGUACCAGCUCUACAGCCGCACCAGCGGGAAACACGUCCAGAUUCAGGGCAAAAGGGUCACCGCCACCGCUGAGGAUGGAAAUAUGUACGCUCGACUUUUUGUUGAGACGGAUACCUUUGGCAGUCGAGUGAGGAUACGAGGCGCGGAAAGCGGCCGCUACCUCUGCAUGAACCGGAAGGGGAAACUCGUCGGAAAGCCCAAUGGCCGGAGCAGGGACUGUAUCUUCACAGAGAUAGUACUGGAGAACAAUUACACGGCCUUCCAGAAUGCCAAGUAUGAAGGCUGGUAUGUGGCUUUCACGCGGAAAGGGAGGCCCAUCAAAGCCUCCAGGACCAGGGAGAACCAGAGAGAGGUACAUUUCAUCAAGAGGCUACAUACGGGCCCGCCUCCCUUCCCCAACACGGACCAAAGCAAACACUUUGAGUUCAUUCGAUUUCCGGCCACACGUCGAGCGAAGCGGAACAGGAAAUCACGUACCUCUUCCUAA